GGAACUGAAACUUCUGGAGAAAGAGGAAGGAGAGAAGAAGGAAUGAGGACGAGGGACGAGACGGUGAUCUUGCGGGCCGAGGCGGUGCUGCUAUGCUCCGUCGGGCUCCUCGCUGCAUGGAUGCCUACCGCGGCGGCGCUAUGGCUCAGCCUGCCGACGUCGGGAACGAAGUGCGUGUCGGAGGAGAUUCACGCCGGCGUCGUCGCCAUGGCCGACUACGCCGUCAUCCACGACGACGAUCCCCGCAACACGCCCACGAUCUCCGUCAAGGUGACAGCACCAAACGGGGACACACUUCAUCAUAAAGGAAAUAUUACGAUUGGCCAGUUUGCAUUCACUUCCAAUGAACCAGGGACCUAUCUGGCAUGUUUCUGGCUGGAUGGUGCUAACAGAGGUGCCGGAACAAGUGUUGGCAUCAACUGGAAGAUUGGGAUUGCUGCAAAGGACUGGGAAUCCAUUGCUAAAAAGGAAAAAAUUGAGGGUGUUGAGCUUGAGCUGAGGAAACUAGAAGAGGCUGUUGAGGUGAUCCAUGAAAAUUUGUUGUAUCUCCGGAACAGGGAAGCCGGCAUGAGAGAUGUAAGUGAGAAGACGAAUUCUCGUGUGGCAAUGUUCAGUUUCAUGUCCCUUACCGUAUGCAUUUUGGCUUCUGUCGUGCAGUUGUGGCACCUAAAAGGUUACUUUCACAAGAAGAAGCUAAUCUAGAUUUAUAGAUAUAUGAUCUAUAACAUCUCAACAUGCGGAUUAAUCCAUUCAUUUUUUAUUGAACAUGGGUUGUAACACCCCAUUUUGGGAGCUGGUGUUAAAACAAUCUAUCAUUCACUGUAAUUUCUUUUAUGCUUCUAACAAAUGUUAUCUUGUUUUCUCUCU